CUCUAUACAAUUCGUUACAUAUAUAGAUCGGAGACCAAAACACAAUGUCUAGUUUCAGCGUCCGAUCGUUCUACCUUACCGCCGGCCUGCAAAUAUGUCUCCUCACAGCCGACCUCUUCAUCACGCUAUUCGCCGAGAUACGCCGGCAUACCUUCGUCACUGUCGUCAUUGCCUAUCUCAUCCAGCUCCUCCUCUUCAUAGCAAACCUCGUCCUUCUCUUCCUCCGCUUCGCCGGCAGCUACCCGUUCCGCGCCGGCAUGCUCCGGCUCAUGCUGAAUGAGUUCAGCGCGACGUUGUGGUCGUGCGCCUUUUAUGCUGUGUGCUUUUUUGCGUGUCGGGGGAUUGGGCUGCCGCUCAUGGCCGCCUGCAACGACACACGCUGCGAUUUUUGGACUGCCGGCUACGUCGCUGUGUAUACGCUGUUUCGGUUCGCCGAGAUACUGUACUACUUCAAUAUGCUGCGAGCUGCAGUGCAGCUGUGCAAUCCAAAGUACUAUCAGGACUCGCCGUGGCUGAGGGCUCAGCUUCGGCACGCUUCGUGAUUGCUGACUGUUCGGACGUUUUAUGCGCUUUAUGUAAAGAUGUAUGUACAUACAAUACACGACAUAGAAGAGAC